AUGGCCUACCUUUUGAUAGCUCCAAUUAUAUUUCUCCUCAUAUUUGAUCUAGCAUACUUUGCUAUCGGGUCUGCUAUAAAUACCAUCACUCGAAUCGAACAUACUAAAAGAAGAAAUAUUGAUAACGUCCAAACUACUACAACAAAGAAGUUGCUUGAUAGAGAACCUAAGGAAU